AAAGACUAUUUAACGGUGAGCACAAUUCGUGCGUACUCAUCUUUAGAGGAGGAGGCAGAGCGAGAACAUAAAUUGCAGACAUAACAGUUGAUAAUUAUAACAGAAAAAUAUCGUUUUAAUAUUUGACAGUGAAAAUAUUGGAUUUUUUUUACAGACGAUUAUACAAACAGGAAAAAAUGGGACACGAUAAGCUGUCUAUCGUGAGCUUUAAUUCGUCUCGAAGAGGACUGAGCUCCUUGCCGAACGCCCAAAGGAGUCCAUACUUAGAGAGAAUUCUCGAAGCUUCUGCGCCGGAAAUUUGCCUAUUGCCAGGUGAUGACAAAGCCGUGUCGAUGAACGCGGUGAUGGGUUAUGGACAAUACAAGGUCCCAUCUGCCGACGGGACAGUUCUGUUGUUUGAUAACAACAGGGUUAGGAUGAGAAGUCCCAACGUCAGUUUCAACACAUUUGGGCCAUUGCCUGGACUAGACAUGAACAACAUGGUUUGUCCUGGUGUGGAAGUUCUGUCAUUGACACCUUCCGGGAACAAGUCGGUAGUCAAAGAAUUUUCGAUUGUGACGUGGAAGCAUACCAUGUUCACCGAAGCUAAUGUUAAAAUCGAGACUCUUGCCGAGAACUUGAUCUUGUUCUCACAGCGUCUGGCAUUGUCGACAGGAAAGCCAGUUCUAGUUGGAGGGGAACUGACCAUUGACCAUGGAUCCCUUAAAGAAAUCGUAGGAAGGCUAUCGAAGGAUGGUCAAGAAAAGUUUCUAUCGGAAGUCCAGCCAGGUAUGGAAAUGUUUGGCUUUCUGCCAUCGAUGACAAAGGGGUCGUUUCGAGAUGUGCGUCACCUCUUCAUGAUGAACGUAUUUAAAUGUAGCAGUGGCACGAACGGCUUUGUUCAGCAGCGGAACGAAGCACUUGUUGCAGAUUGCUUCAUUGCAUCAAAAUCACUGGAGCUUACAGAAGCGAAGCUCGUUGAUGUCGAGCAGGUAACUGGACGACAAAUAACAAUGGAAAUGCUUCGCAAGCACUGCCCCACGGAAACUAGCGUGCACAUUCCGCAGCGACCACCAAAGCACCAUGGUGGCUAAGUGUGAUGCAUCAAAAACAUCUGGGCAAAAGGUUGAUCUGGACUGAAUGAAAUAUGAUGCUCUUUAUUUAAAGAAUGGCAGACCAAAUGUGACUUUGACAGAGAAUUGUUUAAAUAAAUAACAGUACUGACGUUAAAGUUUUGUCAUUGGAUGUUUCAUCCGAAAGGUACUGAAAUGAAGAGUUCAUUAAAUGAUAAUGACGAGAGUAUGAAAUGGAAAGUUAAGCGAGCCCUCACCUCCGAAAAUUGCAAAAAUGCUAAAUGAUAGCAACACUGGAUAUCUGUAAAUGAAUGAAUGCUGACAUCAUUGACAUCGGAUGAGCUUUUGUUAUCGUUUCAUGACAACAUUCAUUCAAAACCGACGAAUAUAAUAUACUAAUAACAACUUCAACGGAUUUCGAAUGUGAUGUACUGUGAUAUGUUUUUAAGUUGUUUUAUAGUUAAUGAGUUCUAUAUGUAGAUACAAACAACUGAAGUGAUCAACUUUUUUAAUUAUUUAAAAUACCAAUUUACUUAGAUUUGAGUGCAAUGUUUACAUUUUUUAAUAUGAGUUUUUUAUUUGGAAAACCAGAUUAGGCUAUACGUAUAAAUAAAUAUGUUUAACGAAGCGAAAAGCUAUAAAUAGUAAUACAGGUUAUAUCAAUAUGACUGAUAAAGGUGACGCAUAUUUUGAUGUUUCAAGGGCAUAUAAUAUCUUUUUGUAAGAAUGUAUUGAAUACUUCUUUAUGAAAAUAUGCAUGAAAAGAAUAAGUCAAACAAUGUGCUUAAAGUCUACAAUAUAAAUGUUAUCUCAUAAAAAAUUCAAUUUUAAGUUGUAUUUAUGUUAUACACCCGCCGAGCGGUCAUUUAUUAUGACUAUGCCUUUGUUCAAAGACAGUUAGUCUAUGACAUGCAAUGUUUGUUAAAAAUUUCCAAUAAAAGUGUAUGACACAA